GUAGCCAUACUAGUACGCAGGUUCGAAGCGACUAGAACAUACGUCUAAGCAGUCGGAUCCGGGAACGCAACACCGCGGCCGCAAUGAUGUCGCGUGCCGUGCUAUUUAUUAGUGUUUUUACCAUAAUAUUGGAAGCUCUCAAUGCUAGCCAGACCACAAACAGUGCGGAGCCGCAAGUGGCGGUUCUGUGCGAGGCGGGCGCGUCCUACCACCCGCAAUACAUGUCCGCUGCCGGACGCUGGACACCCGACCUCACCACCAAACCGCGCAACUGCUUGAAGGACAAGAUGGAGAUACUGGAUUACUGCAAGAAGGUGUACCCAAGCCACGAUAUAACCAACAUCGUUGAAGCCUCUCACUACGUCAAAGUGAGCAACUGGUGCAAACUCGGAACCGGAAACGCCGCUAAGUGCAAAGUCACUCGUUGGGUCAAACCGUUCCGCUGUCUUGAUCGUUUGGCGGCAGAAGGUCCAUUCCAAUCGGACGCGUUGCUGGUCCCCGAGAGCUGUCUCUUCGACCACAUCCACAACCAGAGCAGAUGCUGGCAGUUCUCCAGAUGGAAUGCUACAGCUGGAAGGGCUUGUGCACAACGUGGCCUUCGUCUGCGCACUUUCGCUAUGCUGCUUCCCUGUGGUAUCAGCCUGUUCUCAGGCGUCGAGUUUGUCUGUUGCCCAAAACAUUUUAAAGAAAAUGUAAAAAUGCAUAAACCCAUGGAAGUUGGUGUGCCCGUGAGCCCUGGCGGUGAAGAAAUGCUUGCCGCAUCUGCUGCGAUGGAUGAACGUGAUGAUGAGCUUCUUGAUGAUGAAGAUGCACUGGCCGAUGACGAUGACGACACCCUCAACUUGAGCGACGAUGAUGACGAUGAUGACGCUGAUGACGACAUGGAUGAAGAUGAAGAUGCCGAUCUAUCGCGUGAUGAUGACGCCGAGGACGAUGAUUAUACGGACGGUGAUGACUCGGCCUGGCCCCACCCUGAAUCUUCUUCUGCGCCAUCUACUACUACGUCUACAACCACCACUACUACCACCACUACUGCUGCGUCAACUGCAACAUCCGACCCUUACUUCUCCCACUUCGACCCACGCACUGAACACCAGAGCUACAAGGACGCUCAGCAGAGACUCGAAGAAAAUCACCGUGAGAAGAUUACAAAGGUGAUGCGCGAAUGGUCUGAGCUAGAGGAUCGGUACCAGCAGAUGAUGGCUUCUGACCCAGUUGCCGCUCAGACUUUCCGACAACGUAUGACCGCUAAGUUCCAGUCUAACAUUCAGUCUUUGGAAGAAGAAGGCGUGGCUGAUCGUCGUCGUCUGGCUGCAUUGCACCAACAACGCGUGUUGGCCCAUCUUGCCCAACGUCGCCGAACUGCACUUGCUUGCUACACUCGCUCUCUUCGAGACGCACCCCCAAAUGCCCACCGAGUUCAGAAAUGCCUUCAACGUCUUGUACGAGCUUUGGCGGCUGAACGUAGCGGAGCGUUAGCGGCGUGGCGUCGCGCUGCCGCUGCUGGCAGGGAGGCUGCUGCUGCUGAACGGUCCAGUGCUGCUGACAGGUUACAGGAUGCUGACCGCGCCCUACAGCGUGCCUUGUCCGCCCUUCGUCGUCGCCCUCACCUCUACGCCAGCAUCGGGACCGCUAUUGAAGAUUAUGUUCAGUCUAUGCAAUCUAAAGACGACAUGGCCGUUUCCCUGAUGUCCAUGACUCCUGAGGCUGAGGAACUGUUGCUUGACCGCAUUGAGGCUGAGGUACAAAGGGAGCAGGCAGCACGCGAACAACUCAACGCCAAGAGAGAGGAACGUACACGACAGAGACAGGACAUUGAGAAUGAGAGGGCCAAGACAUCCAACGGUGUGAAGGAAAGCGAAGAGACUGAUGACGAGGCCAGUGAGGUGAACGACAUGGAUGAAACCACUUCAGCUGGGACCACGCCUUCAUCUGCUCCUCCUUCCGCGUCACCUUCUCCCUCAUCCCCGGUGUCAGUGCAUGACCUUACCACUCGUGCGGCUUUCACUCAGGAGACUACUACUACUGAAAUCAUAACCAGCACAAUGACUGAGGCUCCCGAAAGUGAGACUGAAACUGGUGAGAUUGGUGAAACUUCCAGUCGACGCUCCACUGGCGAGACUGAGGGCGAAGGCCUUCGUGCGGCUCUAGAGCAGGCGGAAGAACGUGCACCGCCACCACCUGCGCACGCGCUGAAACACGAACUGCAACACACCCAACCCGGCUACACGGUACGUGGUGCACCCAGUAGCGGUGGGUCUGGAGCUUUGUACCCCGCCCUAUGCGUGGGCGGCGCCGCCCUGGCUGCAGCCGCCGCUGUCGCCCUCGCCGUAGCUCGCCGCCGCGACCGCGCUCCAUCCGCACAGGGAUUUGUUCAGGUUGAACAAACCGGCGCAGUAGCUCCCACACCUGAAGAGCGACACGUCGCCAACAUGCAAAUAAACGGAUACGAAAAUCCUACUUAUAAAUACUUCGAAGUUAAGGAGUAGAUUCUUUCCCUCCCGCUGUACCGCCAGGCUUGUCUUCCUCCAUCUUUCUAAAUAGGAAGGUGGGGUGUUAUGUUGUUAUGCCAUCAGCAGAUUACUUGCGAAUUAGAGGUGUGUGCUUGCGUCCUAUUUCUGGGUUUUCGCCCUGUCCCUUUAUCUAUGUCCUUUGAAUUAAUUCUUUAUGGAAUGAAUGUGUGAGCCUAUAAUUGUAUGUACUCGAUCUGCGAGCCUGGUGGUAUCAUGUUUAUAAAGCUUGUGUGAUUAGUCAAUAUAUUCUUUGCGAUAUUUCGCAAUCAGUCAAACAAUACUUUAAAGUGAUCUUGUUUUAUGUAUAUGUUAAUUUAUGUUUGCACCAAAUUUAUUUAUUUACCUUCUAAGAUUAGAGUUAAGUUUUCGUCUAGUGUCCUAGAUUUUUAAGUGUCACUUUGUAGGCAAGUUUUUUAAAUUAAGUUUUGAGGCAACCGGCUGUGCAGAUAACGGAUAUUGAUUGCCGCACGCGACUUUGAUUUACCGAUAUUAAAUGAUCUCAAUUUUGAUAAACAGAUUUAUCUCUUUGCACAUUUCUACAUAGAUGGCCGUUAUCUGUGCAGUUUGUCGAAUAAACGUCCAUGGUACGCAGUGUAUUUAAACUCAGCGUACGAAUUCGAACCUUAUUACUUACACUUAAAGCCCGCUUUCCUUUUCUAAAGUAGGUAGAACAUAACGUGAAUUUUAUGUAAUAAAAUGCGAAGAUAUAUUUUAAUAAUUAUUGUGUACUUAGCGAAGGAACGGGCGGCAAAGCCGGCGCGGGCGAACGUUUCUUUCGGCCUUCUAGUCUACUUCUAGUCAUGAAUCUAUCUUUUAUAUCUCUCUAUGAAUCUCUAUCAAAGUUUCGUUCGUCUCUAUAUUUACAUCGUUUGCCCGCGGGACAAUACUUUUAGUUUAGCGCCGUGUGCUCACAACAGUACAGCCUAAGAGUUUGACUAACCGCUAAUCUAGUCAUCGCGUGCCAUCACGGCUUGUUUCGUUCGAGUACUCGGCAACGGCGAGCAGUAUAGCUUAGUGGGUGUAUGGUUAUUGUAUAAGUAGAUGUACAAAAAGUAAUACAUUAUAUUAUAGAUGUUUUAGCGUCAGAUAGAUAUAAAGCAAAAUAUAAUUAUAUAUCGCAUUCGUCCGAAUAAUGUAAGGGCUUGCGCUCGUGUCUAUUCCCACGUACCACACUUAAUGUUACGCCGUAGUUAAGAUGUAUUUCUGCCUCAGUAUUAUAUACAUUAUAAGCUUAUUUAUUACAUAAGCUAAUUUAUAUACACGAGUUCCAUUUAUUUACGGGCGUAGUGACGUAACUACAUAAGGAAGUCAUAUCAAACGCGCCUCGGCGCUUUGUGUCGAACGUCGCUGGAAUAUGUCUGGUAACGAUCGACAAAGGAAGGAUGUUAAUGAGGCGCGCCCGUAGCUUUUACGGCAUUUAAUAUAACUCACAGUAUCGUAAGUCUAUUCCCGCAUCAAGUACCCGCUGUAUUUUUAAUAACUAAGUGACGAACCGACCACUUAUUUUUCUAAACUCUUUGCUCAAAGUCAUCUGUCUUUUGUCGGUAUUUUAAAAAUUAUUGUCCAUUUGAUGUUUAAUAUUGAUGUCGUCAAUAGCAAUCGAUGUACUAUGUAGUGAUCCUAAUUUGUGUAAAACCUUACCACUGUUUCACGUAUAUUAAGACAUAAAUAAAUGGUUUGAAUAUUA